AUGACGACUGUGCUCGCUUUUACUUCCAUUGGGCAAUCUGUGAUUUGUGACCAGUUGCACAAUUGCUACUCCACAUCACUGAUAAAGCUACGAGCGCACACACACGACCCCGCGCAGACAGGCCACGUCGUUUGCGCUACAGAUUUGCACAUGGCUCGACAGCGAGGAAGUGUAUUUGGAGAUGCACAAGAGGAAAUGGAAGACUUUGUUCAGAGCUCUGGAGAACAUGGUGUUGUGGUAUUUUCUCUGGGUUCAAUGGUUAGAAACUUAACAGAUGAAAAGGCCAAUAUAGUUGCAUCUGCUCUUGCCCAGAUUCCACAAAAGGUUCUGUGGAGAUUUGAUGGUAAGAAACCAGAGACCUUAGGAUCCAAUACUCGGCUAUACAAGUGGAUCCCCCAGAAUGACCUUCUUGGUCAUCCAAAAACCAAAGCUUUUGUAGCUCAUGGUGGGACCAAUGGCAUCUAUGAGGCGAUCUAUCACGGCAUUCCUAUUGUUGGUAUCCCACUGUUUGCGGAUCAACCUGAUAAUAUUAAUCACAUGGUAGCCAAGGGAGCAGCUGUUAGAGUGGACUUCAACACACUGUCAACUACAGACCUUCUCACUGCCUUGAGGACCAUCAUUAAUGAUUCUUCGUAUAAAGAGAAUGCCAUGCGGCUAUCAAGAAUCCAACAUGAUCAACCUAUGAAGCCCCUGGACAGAGCUGUCUUCUGGAUUGAGUUUGUCAUGCGCAACAAAGGAGCCAAGCACCUUCGUGUGGCAGCACAUGACCUCACCUGGUUCCAGUACCACUCUCUGGAUGUGCUUGGAUUCCUGCUCGCCUGUGUGCUGACUGUGAUGUUCAUCAUCAUGAAGUGUUGCUUCUUUUGUUGCCAGAAGUUUGCUAAAGCUGGAAAGAAAAAGAAAAGGGAGUAG